AUUUUCUUUAAGGCAGAGACUUGUGGGUUUUGGUUGUGGGAUUACAUCCAACCACACACACAGUUGGAAUUCCUGAGUUCAAGUACGUUGCAAACAUGCAUGGCAAUGAGGCAGUUGGAAGAGAACUGAUGCUUCACCUAAUAGAAUACCUCCUAACAAAUUAUCAAUCUGAUCCAAAUAUUACACAAAUGAUAACGAACACCCGCAUACAUAUUAUGCCUUCUAUGAAUCCAGAUGGCUUCGAAAAUUCAGCUCUUAGGGACUGUAACUCCGUAACUGGA